AUGGAUGAACUUGGCAUUGCAGUUGAAUCUGCCACUAAAGUGAACAACAUACACCACAAGGCAAUUUCGUUGCCUUCAAAUCAAUCAUUAUCAGAUGAAAACUCCGAUGUGUACCUUCGAUUAAAGAAGUUAGAGAAGGAGUUGGAAUUGCUUUUGCUUCAAGAAGAUUACAUCAAGGAUGAACAACGUUACUUGAAAAGGGAGUUGAUUAGAGCUCAAGAAGAAGUCAAGAGAAUCAAGUCUGUACCACUUGUAAUUGGACAGUUCUUAGAGCCAAUUGACGAAAACACCGGUAUAGUCUCGUCUACCACAGGUUCUAACUAUGUGGUUAGAAUAUUAUCUACUUUGGAUAGAGAAUUGUUGAAACCAUCUUCAUCUGUCGCAUUACAUCGCCAUUCCAAUGCAUUAGUUGAUAUCUUACCACCUGAAGCAGAUCUGUCCAUUUCCAUCGUCGGUGAUAACGAGAAGCCCGACGUUACCUACGCGGAUGUGGGUGGUCUUGAUAUGCAAAAGCAAGAAAUAAGAGAAGCCGUAGAAUUACCACUCUUGCAGGGAGAUUUAUACAAGCAAAUUGGUAUUGAUCCACCAAGAGGUGUCUUGCUCUAUGGUCCACCUGGUACGGGUAAGACCAUGUUGGUUAAGGCCGUCGCAAAUUCAUCGACUGCAUCAUUCAUUAGAAUCAACGGUUCUGAGUUUGUUCAAAAGUAUUUGGGUGAAGGUCCAAGAAUGGUCAGAGAUGUUUUCAGAUUAGCCAGAGAAAAUUCCCCUGCAAUUAUAUUUAUAGAUGAAAUUGAUGCCAUUGCAACUAAGAGAUUUGAUGCGCAAACUGGUGCAGAUAGAGAAGUUCAGAGAAUUUUGUUGGAAUUAUUAAAUCAAAUGGAUGGGUUUGACCAAACUUCCACCGUUAAGGUCAUAAUGGCAACCAACAGAGCUGACACCUUAGAUCCUGCCUUAUUAAGACCUGGUAGAUUAGAUAGAAAGAUUGAAUUUCCUUCUUUGAAGGACAGAAGAGAGAGAAGGUUGAUUUUUUCAACUAUUGCAUCGAAAAUGGCUUUGGCUCCUGAAGCUGAUUUGGAUUCUUUGAUUAUCAGAAAUGAUCCAUUAUCUGGAGCUGUGAUUGCGGCUAUUAUGCAAGAAGCUGGUUUAAGAGCCGUCAGAAAGAAUAGAUAUAUGAUACUCCAAAGCGACUUGGAAGAGGCAUACACCUCACAAGUAAAGACUGGAAGUGAACACGACAAGUUUGAUUUCUACAAGUAA